CAGUCUCUCAGAUUAUAAAUUCGGACAUUAAAGGCCGCUUCUCAUUCUCCAGUACAGAUACAAAAUUUGUGGUCUCUGCGGGGAUGCCAAGUGGGCACAACACGUGGUUAACAAAUAUCUAAAUGUGACGUGCCAACAUUGCUAUAAACCAUCUCCCCCUCAAAUGGGUAGGAUCGUAUUGCAUAUACUUGUGAAUGGCAGGUUGUACCAGAGAAAUUUGAUGGAUUCGCUUGCCUUUCAUGCCUAUUCUUUAGUUUUCUACACUAAUACAAAUAAAAUAAGUCAAAAUUUGAGAGCAACGGCCCUGGGAAAUACCCAGAAAUUUGUAAACAGAGCCAAUAAUAAUAUAUUUCAAGCCAAGUCUAGUCUUGUUUGUUGUUGUUCUUCUUCUGCGAAAUAUGAAAUUCACGAGGGCCCCUCCUGUAUAUUUGUUGGACCUCUCGAAACAGCAACAGAAGAUAUGCUUGAAGCUCUCUAUCAUCAGGCACGGGACUCUUAUUACAGUGGACGGCCCAUGAUUCUUGAUGACAUGUUUGAUAAAGUGGAGCUAAAGCUCCGACGGUAUGGAUCAAAGUCAGUUAUAAAAUAUCCUCGCUGCAGCCUAAAGAGACAGUCCACAUAUGCUGAUGCUGAGGCUGAUCCUUCUCAGACUUGGGCGUUGGCUAGCAUUUGGACAUCUCUGCUUGUAAUUGGCUUAGCAACCUUAGUUGUUCUACCUGUCUGUACAGUGAGUGUAAUCUGCCAAGAUGUAGUAGAUAUGCAACUGAUUUCUCAUUCGUCUAUGCUUGCAUCAAAGUCACCCACAGCAGCAAAUGGAAUUCUUGCAAUAGUACUGAGUUCCCCAAUUGGAUAUACUUUUACUAUGACUGCUGUUAGAGCGCUGCAAGGACUCUGGAAGAAUGACUUGUUGGCACUGAAGGGUUCAUGCCCUGGCUGUGGAGAAGAGGUAUUUGCAUUUGUCAAGGCAGAUGAGUCAAUGCAACCUAGACACAAGACAGACUGCCAUGUCUGUGAACGUCCACUUGUGUUCCACGCAAAGGUGGAGAAUUCCAUGUCAAAUACUGGCAAUCGAUGGGUACAUGGACGUGUCUACCUAGUUGCACGUGUUGAGGAUUUGGGUCCUUAAGGCUCUCUAUAAAGUUAUAACUGAUUAGAGGUCCACAAGAAUAAGGACUUCCUUGGCUGCAGUUGAUUGGUUAUUCUUUUGUGAUUCAUUUUUCACUAUAUGUUCUCUAACAAACAUUGAAAUACAUUCACUAAUCUAACUCUAGUCUUCAUCUGAGAAUGAAGCUAGUUUAAUUUGGAAGGAGAUAUAGCUUUUGCCUUUUAGUUUAUGGAGUGUAUAAUAGGAUCCGUCUUGACAACACAGAUGGCAAAAAUAUGUUCUGUCACAUUCUCUCGGAGAAAAUAAGAUGAUUAACAUAAAAAACUGGUUACAUUUCAAGAAA